AUGUCAUCUUCCACAACUACCACCACCACCGUCCACGGCGAUCCUGAUCGGCGAACUUACUGGUGUCACGAAUGUGAUAUGAGUCUAUCCCUCCUCUCUUCAUCCUCCGCUUCCUCUCCUCUAUUGUGUCCUCAAUGUCGCGUCGAUUUCCUCGACCGUAUGGAUGACGAAUCUUCCCCUACUCUCUUUGACGUCACCAUCGGCGAUUUCGAAGAAGAAGAAGAUGGAGAACAGGGAGACGAAGACGACGAGGAGGAUUGGUGUUUCGUUGAUCCGACGGUUAAUUCCGAUGACAAUUUCCUCCUCGAUAGCCCUUACCUCCACCGUCUUCUCCGCCAUCUCGCAUCCGAGAAUUCCGGAUCGUCUUCUUCCUCUUCUUCCUCUGCUUCAUCGUUAUUGAAAUCUUCGGAUAUCGAUUCGAUUCCUACGAUCCAGAUCUCGUCGUCCAUGCUCUGUUCAGCCGAUUGCUCAGAUCCCGAUCCGGAUUCCGUUUUACUCUGCGCCGUUUGCAAAGAGGAUUUCGUCGUCGGAGAAUCCGCUCGGAGAUUGCCGUGUAGCCAUAUAUACCACUCCGGUUGCAUCGUCCCUUGGCUAUCGGAUCACAACUCGUGUCCGCUCUGCCGAUUCGAGCUCCCCACGGCGGCGAAAGUGGAAACUGGUGGCUCAGAGGCUGAGAUGAGGAUCCGAUUGUCGGGUCUGGCUGCGAUUGCCGACGGAGAUGAGGAGGAAGACGACUGGCUUGGGAUCAGAAACGCGUUGAGGCGACUUGCUCGUCGCCACGAGCAGAUGAGAUUGGGAGUGGGAGAGAUGGAGAGAAAUCUGGCUCGAACGGUUUCAGGUCUGGAAAAUGCUAUGAGAAGGGAAGAGAUCGAAGGAGAGAGAAGCAACCCAACGCCAUUGUAA